GCCCGCCGGUAGCCCCGGCUCCGUCUCCCCGCCGGCGCCUCGUGACGUCUCUCCUGUGUGUCCUGCAGCGGUUUUCCCAGGCCAGGAUUAUGGGGGACCAAAUCCAGGCCAUUGUUGAGAAGCUCAAUCAGGAGCCCUUCAGGAAGAACUACAAUUUAAUCACGUUCGACUCCUUAGAGUCGACGCAGCUCUUGCAGCUGCUCAGUGAUGUUCUGGGGGAGAUUGACCCAAAGCAUGCUGUUGACAUUAGAGAGGAGCUGCCGGAACAAACAGCUAAAAGAAUGUUGGGUCUUCUUGGUAUCCUUAAAUACAAACCUCCAGGAACUGUAUCAGACUUGAGUGCAUUUCGCCAAGGGUUAGUUACUGGAAGCAAACCUGUAAUUCAUCCUCUCUUACACUGGCUUCUUCAGAGGACCAAUGAACUCAAGAAAAGAGCUUACCUGGCACGUUUCUUAGUUAAAUUGGAAGUGCCAGCAGAGUUCCUGCAGGAUGAGACUGUGGCUGACAUCAACAAACAGUAUGAAGAACUGAUGGAAGCAUUUAAAAACCUGCAUAAGGAGUGUGAGCAGCUCAGAAUAUCUGGUUUAUCUACUGCAGAAAUAAGAAGGGACAUCACUGCAAUGGAAGAGGAGAAAGAUCAACUCAUCAAAAGAGUAGAGCGUCUUAAGAAGAGGGUGGAGACAGUACAAAAUCAUCAACGAAUGCUUGAAAUAGCAAGACAGCUUCGCUUAGAAAAAGAGAGAGAAGAAUCUUUGGCUCAACAGAAGCAAGAGCAAAAAAAUCAGUUGUUCCAUGCAGAGCAGAGGCUGCAAAGAGCACAGCUCCAGCUGAAAGAGAUGCAUCGUGCAGUAGUGGAUUCAAAACCUGAAAGUUUAAUGAAGAAACUAGAAGAAGAGAUAAAUUUUAAUUCCUACCUGGUUACUGAUAAAUUACCUAGAGAGCUUGAAAGUAAGAAGAAUUCGGCAUAUUUCUUACAAAAGGUGGUUGCAGAGCCAGCUAUGAGUCAGUCUGAUCUCAAUGUUCUUGAAAUCAAGAUAAAUGAAGUAAAUGCACAAAUGAAUCAGCUUAUUGAGAAAAGAAUGAUGAAGUAUGAGCCAAUUGACAGUAAAUUUUCCUUGUAUCGCCAACAGGCAUCUAUAAUUUCCCGGAAGAAGGAAGCCAAGGCAGAAGAGCUUCAGGCUGCCAAGGAAGAGAUGUCCCGGGCUGAAAAGCAGAUGCUGCAGAAGACCAGUCAGGCCCAUGAGUUAGAAGGUGCUGACGUUCUGAAAGGAGAUGAGUUUAAACACUAUGUUAAUAAGCUCCGGAGCAAGAACACGAUUUAUAAAAAGAAGAGACUGGAACUAGCAGAAAUUACAGCUGAGUAUGGUGUCCUCCAGAGGACAGAAGAACUCCUAAAGCAGCGCCACGAGGCUAUUCAGCAGCAGUUGCAAGCUAUUGAAGAGAAGAAAGGUAUUUCUGGAUAUAGUUACACCCAGGAGGAGUUGGAAAGAGUAUCUGCAGUGAAGAGUGAAGUGGAUGAAAUGAAAGGCCGGACACUAGAUAACAUGUCUGAAAUGGUGAAAAAACUGAAUGCUAUGGUGGCAGAGAAGAAGGCAAGCCUAGCUCCUGUUAUCAAAGAACUGAGACAGCUGCGUCAAAAUUGCCGGGAUUUAACUCAAGAAUGCGAUGCGAAAAAAAUCCAGUACGACAGUUGUGCAGCGGGGUUAGAGAGCAACCGCUCUGCGCUGGAGCAGGAAGUGAAAGGACUUCUUGAGGAGUGUGUUCAGGAAGAAAGCAACUACCGUUAUAUUAACUGCAUGAAAAGGACUCUAGAAGUACAGCUGCAGCGUGCCAAAGAAGAAAUGAAGGCGUAUGUCUCCCCAGACCCCCAGGAGAGGCGGAAGGCAGUUCGAGAACAAUAUACAAGAAUGAUCCUUGAACAAGAAAACCUUGGAAAGAAAUUACGGGAGAAGCAGAAAGUUGUACGGGAAAGUCAUGGGCCAAAUAUGAAGCAAAUUAAAAUGUGGCAGGAUUUUGAGCAGUUAAUGGAAUGUAAGAGAGAAUGUUUUCUGAAACAACAAAAUCAAACAGCCAUUGGUCAAGUCAUUCAGGAAGGAGGUAAAGACAGGCUUGUGUUAUGA